UCCCAACAUGAGUUGAGUUGAUAUCCAGCUUCAAAAGGAGAACUCGCUCGUUUUCGUAUAUACAAAUCACGACAACAACCAGCUAGGUACUGGAGUGUGGAAAUCUGGAACCUUCUCCCGCUUCAACUCUUAACGACUCCCAAAGGGCAGGCCACAAUUAAUCUUAACUGACGCCCAGCAAUCUGGUUUCUUUCUUUGUCGAGUUUCUUUCCGCCAUUACCACUUCUCAUCUUAAUUAUCAGGAAUCAGGAUCACCAGUCGUCGUCGUUAUGUAUCGUCACCAUCACCAUCGUAUAUAAGAAAACAAUAUCAUCAACCAAAUACCGUUCCUCGUCCUCUCCUUCUCUACCGCCGGUGAAAAAUGUCAGCUCGGCAGGUAGAAUCCGAUGAUGCUGGCUGUUCGUCUUACUACUCAGUCCUCGGCAUAUGUAGCAAUGCCUCCGCUACUGAAAUUCGCACUGCUUAUCGGAAGCUCGCUUUGAAAUGGCAUCCAGAUAAGUGGAUGAGAAAUCCCAAGGUCGCUGGAGAAGCCCAAUACCGUUUCCAGAAAAUCCAAGAAGCUUAUUCUGUUUUGUCAGAUAAAGGGAAGAGGUCAAUGUACGACGCUGAAUUGGUUCAUCUCUUCCAAGAUGAAGACGAUGGAUUUUCGGAUUUUAUGCAAGAAUUACUGUCGAUGGUGGAGAAAGCAAGGCCCCAGGGUGAAAGUUUGGAGGAGCUUCAAAAGAUGUUGGUAGAAAUGGCGAGAGAAGAAGGUAUUACGUACGGGAUCGACGGUGAAGCUGAUCGCCAUGCCCAUGAUAGGAAAAGGACACGUGUCUCACGUUCAUAACUCUUCCAAUACUUUUUUAUUUUUGGAAAACAAAUAAUUAUCAAUAGCAUGUAGUUUUUGCAGGUUCAUUUCUGUGUCAUCAUUUUGUUUGUUGAUUCAAAGGUUUUGAAUCCUGAUUCCUGAAUGA